AUGGUGUUCACACACCCCUCCAGUCUGACAGUGCAUGCCAGGAAACACACCGGCGAGAGGCCCUUUGUGUGCACUGAGUGCGGCGCCUCCUUCCUGUACAGUUCAAACCUCACCACCCACCGCAGGAAGCACACCGGAGAGCGCCCCUACAAGUGUGACCAGUGCGAGGCGGCCUUCAUCCUCAAGAGUUACCUCACCAUGCACCUCAGGAAACAUUCAGGGGAGCGGCCCUUCAAGUGCGACGAGUGCCAAGCCUGCUUCACCCAGAAGACCCACCUCUCCACGCACCGCAGGAUACACACCGGGGAGUGUCCCUACAAGUGUGAGGAGUGCGGCGAGGCAUUCAGGGACGGCGCCAACUUCUGGAGACACAAGAAGAAACACUUGAUAGGGGAGGGGGCAGCAACCAUCAGGAGGAGGAGGAGCAAGAAGGGACGGGGCAGAGGCAGGAGCGUUGGCAAGGGCAGCAGCGGCGGCAGGGGGAGGAAUGCGGGCAGCUUCCGAGGCAUCAGGACGGGACCCCCUCGACGAGCAGCUCGUGUUCCUCGCUUGUCUGUUGACUUUGACGAGAUUUACGAGCAGCUUGUGUUGGCGUCGGAGGAGGAGCAACCCUUCAUCAAGGAGGAGCCUGCGGACACCUCCAACAGCAAGGACGAUGAGGGAGAGGAAGAGGACGCCCCCUACAUCCCAAUCAAUCCCAUGGUGGAGAUAAAGUUAGAAGGAGAAGAAGACAACUCACACUAUAACCUCGAGGAUGGAGAUAUGAUAGAGGAGGAGGAAGAGGAGGAGGAGGAUGGAGAAUUGGAGGAGGCCAUCACAAGGGACAAAGAUUGA